AUGUACUUCGGUAACUUCAGUUUGAGCUCAUUCACUACUACCGUUUUGACGUCUAGUGUAUUGUCAAAACAUUUUACGAGCUCUUCGAACGCCAAAAUCAGCGAUCUAUCAAAUGCGAAUGAGCUCAAAACCUUAAAAUUCCAUCAACCACUGGGUAUUGUUGAAUUAACAUCAUCUAGUUAUGAUGUAGCUGAUACUAAAGCUGCGGUUGGUACCACUAGAACUUCACUUCCAGGUGCUAAUGUGUUUCCAACCCUUGAUUUGGGAGCUUCGACUGGUAAUCCCACUGUUGGUUCGCUUACUGUCAAAUUGGGAGCCCCGGAUGGUAACACUAUUGUUGGUUUACGUACUGUUGAAUUAGGAGCACCGAUGACCACCGCGCAAGGAUCACCUCAACUUGAAUAUUGCCCGUAUUUUGAAGCAUGGUGUAAACCUAGUACAUAUGAGACAACUGUGACAGCUUACACUGAACGCAAUGGUGAAGAGUGCGCGUUGACAACUUAUACAAGUAUAGUCACGAGCUCUCCAGGUUACACUCCAGUCGCUGCAUAUUAUAACGCAACAGGAGUGUCAUCAGGAAUGGCCACUAGCAGUUCAUUCCCAUCAAAUAUUAAUACCCCACAAAAAAACUUCAACUUGGUGAAAGAUGUAAGCGAUGUUUCAAAGAAUAAAAAAUUAACUGCCGUCCAAGGAGAUAGCCAAAUUGCUAGGGGGUAUUUUAGUUCAAACGAUGAACAAAAAAAUGUGACAUGCUUGUCUACUUGGGGGACCAUUGAUGAUGGAAGUGGAUUAUUCGGAACAUCAGUGUUACAGAUGUUUGUUUCCAAUUCGACUUUCAAUGGUGAGAAUCGCGUACUCCAAACUUACAAUAAUUCAAUAAGCGGUUAUAUUAGCAACCCAGGAAUGCUUUAUUACAUGGCUACUGCCAUGAGGCUCACUCACUUGGCUGUUUCUGACUGGGACUGGAAAAAGCCACAUCAACAUUAUUCCUGUAGCUAUACACCUGAAAAUUAUGAACAGCCAUCGAGAGAAACCAUGAGAAUGUUCGGAAUGAAGCAGUACACUACUUCCAGAGUAAAAUGUUCCUAUACUAUCGGUUGCGAAACAGCAGAUGUAACCUUCGGUUUAAUUUCGUUACAGAGGGGUGGCACCGCCGAGAACGUUGAAGGAUCUUUAAUUGUUCUUAACCCCGAUAAUCUUCAGGAAGCCUCUGAUUAUUUGAUACAAGAGUGGGUAAAAACAUCUUCCUUUAACGUAGACCUAUCGAGUUUAUUGUUCGAUACGUAUUUUGUUGAUGCAUACAUAGAAACCCAAGAGGGAGACCUUUGGUCAUAUGAGACCAACGAUAGAAUGGAUAAUUUCUUCAAAUUGAUAAAAGAGGAUCUCACUUCACUUUCUCAAGGCAUCGCAUUAUAUCCCAAGCAGGCAUCCCAUUUGUGUCUCUUGUCCUCAGUUGGAGCAGAUGCUGGUGCUAUAGGUGAUGCUCUGACUAGCAGUGGGGUGAUAACAGCCUUUUUUUACAACCAGGUUAUAGAUGGAUAUUCCAACUGUAAGUACUCGCCAUGCAAAUUAAGUAACGGUCAACCUGCUGCUUAUUACUUGCUCGAAGAAUAUUAUCAAGAAAUAUUGAGAAUUUUCGAGUCUGUUGCGGAUAUACUUCAAUGGCUAGUUGAAGGCGCAUCUUCUAUAAUAGAGGGAAAUCCCGUUUCAUUUGUAAUGACUGUGUUGGAAGCUUAUAAGUUUAUAGAGGAGAGUAUUGAGGACCCUGAUGAGCAUUGGUGA